UUCAAUUCUUAUACUUCUCUUUAACAGUCGUUUAAAACCUCAAGUAUACCCUACUCCAUCCGAACAUCAACGCUACCUAAAACGCUACAUCAACAUCAUUCAUCAGCAAAGCACACUACCACCCAGCAUGAAGGAAGCCAUCGUCAACCCCGACUGUUCCGUCGAAGUCAAGGACUCUCCCAUCCCCGAGCCAGGACCAGGCGAACUCCUCAUCAAAGUCAUCGUCUCCGGCACGAACCCAAAGGACUGGAAACUCCCCUUUUGGUUCCAAGCCGCCUCCAACUCGGGCGAUGACGUAGCCGGCACAGUUGAUAAGGUCGGCGCCGAGGUCUACGAGUUCGACAAGGGCGACCGCGUCGCCGGGUUCCACAUCAUGCGCACCGCCAACGGCAGCUUCGCAGAGUACGCCAUCGUCCCUGCCUACACCGCCUUCCACCUCCCCGCCAGCGUGUCCUACGAGGAGGCCGCGACGGUGCCGUUGGCGGCGUAUACCGCUGCCACGGCGCUGUUUCACUCGCUGGAGAUCCCUUCGCCCUGGGACCGGAAGAGGGAGACCAAGACGCCUGUCGUGAUUUACGGCGCCAGCACGGCGAUUGGGGCGUUUGGUAUCAAGCUUGCUAAGAAGGCGGGCGUGCACCCUCUCAUCGCCAUCGGAAGCAAGAACAGCGCCUUUGUGACGCCUCUUCUAGAGGAGGACAAGGGCGACGUUUUCUUGGACUACACGCAAUUCGAGUCGCAGGACAAGCUGGCGGAGAAGCUGAGGGAGGUCAUCAAGGCGACCGGACAGCGGUCAUUCAGGGUCUUUGACACGGUCAGCGAAAAGGGAUCGUACCAGAUGCUCAGCAAGGCCAUCGCGGGCCCGCCUGAGGAGGGCACGGGGUUCAAGCCACGGAUCACGACGGUGUUGCCCGGACACGACUUCAGCGACGUCGACCCCAGCGUCGAGGUUGUUGUCACGAGCGUCGGGUUCGUGCACGAGGAGGAGGGGCAGGGUAGGCUGUUUGGGUUGAUUUGGGCGCGGGUGUUUGCGGAGGCGCUGAGGACGGGGUGGAUGAAGGCACACCCGUAUGAGGUUGUCAAUGGUCUCGAGGGCGUCAAGACUGCUCUCGACGGAUUAAAGAAUGGUACUGUCCGCGCCAAGAAGAUGGUCAUCCGUGUUGCGGACGGCAAUUAAGUGAUGAGAUGUAGGUCGUUGUGUAGUUGAGCGCAUGCAGAUCAAAAAAAGUGCUUGGCCUAAAUAAGGUGCUUACGGCUUGCGCGGGAUGUGUUUGCCACGUGGGAUCGCAGAUGAUGACUGUCAUUUAAUCUAUUUUUGUUCUCUUCCGCAUUCCAUCGGAGGAUUCUCCAGAAGAUGCGGCAUGCUAUCCCGAGUA